GUGGUGCCGGCGGCUCGGGGCCGUGGCGCGGCCGCUGCGGCGCCGGCUGCUGGGCGGGCGCUGAGGGAGCCCCGGGGGCGGCGCGGCCGGGCCUCCAGGCUUUUCUUCUCCAGCCCGGAGGACGCGGCUGGGGCACGAAGACCUUGUGUGGACAGUAAUGACCUCACGUUUCCGAUUGCCUGCUGGCAGAACCUACAAUGUCCGAGCAUCAGAGUUGGCCCGAGAUAGACAGCACACAGAGGUGGUUUGCAACGUCCUUCUUCUGGAUAAUACUGUACAAGCUUUCAGAGUUAAUAAACAGGAUCAGGGGCAAGUUCUGUUGGAUGUAGUCUUCACGCAUCUUGACUUGACUGAGCGUGACUAUUUUGGUUUGCAGUUGGCGGACGAUUCCACGGACAACCCAAGGUGGCUGGAUCCAAACAAACCAGUAAGGAAGCAGCUAAAGAAACUGCUUUUAUUAAUUCUAGGAGGAUCUCCUUACAGUUUGAACUUUAGAGUCAAAUUUUUUGUAAGUGACCCCAACAAGUUACAAGAAGAAUAUACAAGGUACCAGUAUUUUUUGCAAAUCAAACAAGACAUUCUUACUGGAAGAUUGCCCUGUCCUUACAACACUGCUGCUCUUUUGGCUUCAUUUGCUGUUCAGUCUGAACUUGGAGACUACAGUCAAUCAGAAAACGUGCCAGGCUACCUCUCAGAUUAUUCUUUCAUUCCUAGUCAACCUCAAGAUUUUGAAAAAGAAAUUGCAAAAUUACAUCAGCAACAUACAGGCUUAUCUCCUGCAGAAGCAGAAUUUAAUUACCUGAACACAGCACGUACCUUAGAACUCUAUGGAGUUGAAUUCCACUAUGCAAGGGAUCAAAGUAACAAUGAAAUUAUGAUUGGAGUGAUGUCAGGAGGAAUUCUGAUUUAUAAGAACAGAGUACGAAUGAACACCUUUCCAUGGUUGAAGAUUGUAAAAAUUUCUUUUAAGUGCAAACAGUUUUUUAUUCAACUGAGAAAAGAAUUGAAUGAAUCUAGAGAAACAUUAUUGGGAUUUAACAUGGUGAAUUACAGAGCAUGUAAAAACUUGUGGAAAGCAUGUGUAGAACAUCACACAUUCUUCCGUUUGGACAGACCACUUCCACCUCAAAAGAAUUUUUUUGCACAUUAUUUUACAUUAGGUUCAAAAUUCCGGUAUUGUGGGAGAACUGAAGUCCAGUCAGUUCAGUAUGGCAAAGAAAAGGCAAAUAAAGACAGGGUGUUUGCAAGAUCCCCAAGUAAGCCCUUGGCACGGAAAUUAAUGGAUUGGGAAGUAGUAAGCAGAAAUUCACUCUCAGAUGACAGGUUAGAAACACAAAGCCUUCCAUCGCGAUCUCCACCUGGAACUCCUAAUCAUCGAAAUUCUGCAUUCACCCAAGAGGGAGCCCGGUUACGGCCGUCUUCGGUGGGCCACUUGGUCGGCCACAUGGUUCACACCUGCGCAGGCGAGGCAUUCGUGAGUCAUCAGUCUCCAUCUUCCACUCAAGCUAACAGCAUUGUUUUGGAAUCAUCACCAUCACAAGAGACUCCUGGAGAUGGGCAGCCUCCAGCUUUACCACCCAAACAAUCAAAGAAAAAUAUUUGGAACCAAAUUCAUUAUUCACAUUCUCAACAAGACCUGGAAAACCAUAUUAAUGAAACAUUUGAUGUUCCAUCUUCCCCUGAAAAAUCUACUCCUAAUGGUGGUAUUCCACAUGAUAAUCUUGUCCUAAUCAAAAUGAAGCCCGAUGAAAAUGGAAGAUUUGGAUUCAAUGUAAAGGGAGGAUGUGAUCAGAAGAUGCCUGUGAUCGUGUCCCGAGUUGCGCCAGGAACACCUGCUGACCUGUGUGUCCCUCGAUUGAACGAAGGGGACCAAGUGGUACUGAUCAAUGGUCGGGACAUUGUGGAACACACCCAUGACCAGGUGGUCCUGCUCAUCAAAGCAAGCUGCGAGAGGCAUUCUGGGGAGCUUGUCCUUCUGGUUCGACCUAAUGCUGUAUAUGAUGUAGUGGAAGAAAAGCUAGAGAAUGAGCCAGACUUCCAGUACAUUCCUGAGAAAGCCCCGCUGGAUAGCAUCCAUCAGGAUGACCAUUCCCUGCGGGAGUCGAUGGUCCAGCUUGCUGCCGGGCUUAUCACUGGAACUGUGCUGACACAGUUUGAUCAACUAUAUCGGAAAAAACCUGGAAUGACAAUGUCUUGUGCCAAAUUACCUCAGAACAUUUCCAAAAAUAGAUACAGAGAUAUUUCGCCUUAUGAUGCUACACGGGUCAUUUUAAAGGGUAAUGAAGACUAUAUCAAUGCAAAUUAUAUAAAUAUGGAAAUUCCUUCUUCUAGAAUUAUAAAUCAGUACAUUGCUUGUCAAGGGCCAUUACCACACACUUGUACAGAUUUCUGGCAGAUGACUUGGGAACAAGGCUCUUCCAUGGUUGUGAUGUUGACCACACAGGUUGAACGUGGCAGAGUUAAGUGUCACCAGUAUUGGCCAGAACCCGCAGGAAGUUCAUCCUAUGGAUGCUACCAAGUCACCUGCCACUCAGAGGAAGGGAACACUGCGUAUGUCUUCAGGAAGAUGACGCUGUUUAAUCAGGAGAAAAAUGAGAGUCGUCAACUCACUCAGAUCCAGUAUAUAGCCUGGCCCGACCAUGGGGUCCCUGAUGAUUCAAGUGACUUUCUGGAUUUUGUUUGCCAUGUGCGAAAUACGAGGGCCGGCAAGGAGGAACCUAUUGUUGUUCAUUGCAGUGCUGGGAUUGGAAGAACCGGUGUUCUUAUUACUAUGGAAACAGCCAUGUGUCUCAUUGAAUGCAAUCAGCCAGUUUAUCCACUAGAUAUUGUGAGAACAAUGCGAGAUCAACGAGCCAUGAUGAUCCAAACUCCUAGUCAGUACAGAUUUGUAUGUGAAGCUAUUUUGAAAGUUUAUGAAGAAGGAUUUGUUAAACCUUUGACAACGUCAUCAAAUAAAUAAGAAAGCAAAGGUCUGGAAUAUGUGUGGAAGACUGCUCUCCGUUAUAUUCACUGGGCCAUAAUACUGCUUGCAGGAAUGGCAUCCAAACAGACAAAAAAAGAACUAACAAAUACUGAAAACUUAAGCACUGUUGCACUUUAUGUUUUAAAAAAAAAGUCACCCUCUCAAAAUCUAGGAUUCAUGUGUUUGAAGACUAUUUCAUGCUUUGCUCCAAACAAAUAGCGAGUAACUGAGUAUGUUCAGGGUAAUUUACAAAGUUUUGUGGUGGUGCCACGCAGUCCCCUUCUGGUCGAAAUUGCCGCAAACAAGGCUCUGAAUUCUCAUCAUCUCUGUUGUACGCCUGUAUUUUGAAAGCAAAAAGAAGUCAACAUCGGAAGUCAGCUCUGGUGUUUCCCGGUGAUUCCUGUUCUUACUACACGGAUUACCAGAUGUUACUUUUUCAAUGUUAGCAAUAUCACUCUCAGUAUUAGCCAGUACACUGCCUAUGGAUGCAGCACAUCUCUCCCUACACUCCCCCCGUAGAGACCUGCUGUUUGGAAGAAGACAGGUGGAAUUUGCUUUUCCCAGGAAAUGCUGCACAUUGUCCAUUUACCAGCAUCUUAUAGAAAGUAUAAAUAUGAAUCUACAAAUUUUCUUGAAUUUAAUAAUGUAACUUAUAUUUAUCAUAAGGUUGGCUUAUUCCAAAUCAUGUGAUUUCACAUACUUGAUGUAAAGGAAUGCAUGCGUUUGUCUUAACCCCUUAAGUGCCUUGAGACGUCUUUGUAUGUCUAAUGAAAAGGCACUCCUUUGACCCCACUAGGAGGUAUGUAUGUAUAUUGUACAUUUACAGUUUUAUGCAUUUUGAAUCAGUUCACAUUUUUAAAAAUAGCUUCUCGUAUUGAGAGUUAUGCAGUCAAAGAAGAGUAAUGAAAUUCUGUUUCUUACUCAGUUCCUGUAUUUUGCCAGAAGAAGCCAAGAUAAUUUGUGUUCUGCUGAGUGAACGCUCUGCUGCUAUGGAAUUAUUCAAAACCUGCACAUUCCUUUCCUGAGGGACAGGGGUUACAGUUUAGCAGCUGAAGUUAAAAGAUGCUUUAUUCUUAAAAUUUCUUAUUUAUUUUAUCCCUAACUUUACAAAUGACAUCUAAUACACACAUAAAGUGAACAUAUGGAUACUCUAAGCUAAAGUUAGAGCAGCUAGUUGUGACAUGUUUCUGUCACUAACUAGGUGAUCCCUCUUAAGCAUUCAUUUCAGUUCUUACCAAGCUUUGUUCACACUGGUCUGUUGGUUGGGAUACUACAAGCGGGGAAUGAAACGUCGUAGAGUUACUUACAAACGUAAUCCCUCAGUAGGUGAACUGAGGGCGUUCUGGUCAUUCUCGUGUAAAUUAAAUUGCUCCAGUUUAUAUCUCCUUACUAAGUUAUAAGCAUAAUAUGGGGAGGUUGGAUUGUCUAGCCUGGUGGAGGACCUGAUUCCCUUUUGAGGAUGUGUGUAUUCUUCUCUUCAGGUGUUUUUAUUUUUAAGUCCUCAGAGAGAUAGAACUUUGAAAUUGCCCAGUUUUAAUAUAAGUGGAAAUUUUCUCAGCUAUUGAAAUGUUACAUUACACAGUUAUUUCCUAUGGAUUAUGGUUAAAAUAGAUUCAUUUACUGCUGGCUUCUGAAUAUUUCUGUACAGUGUUGAUAAAAUCUACAGUUGAAUGGUAGAUAUUUUGGAAUGUCAUGUAGUGUGAGCAGGAGAAUGUACAUUUUUAAAUCUUUAGUAUAAUCUAAAUGAUGUUAUUUCAAAUAUUCAAAAUCCAAAAUAGUAAAUUUUAGGAAGUUAAGUCCUAAACAUGAAUAGCCAAGAUACCAAAUAUAUUAUUGUGUUCAAAUAUUUUACCUUUUUUUUAAUAGAGAAAAGUACGCAUAACCUUAUAUCAAAGAGAAAUUCUUGUAUCUAUUUCUUAAUUUCACAGUCAAGACAGUGUAAGAUAGUAAUAACUAUGCACAGUCUUACUUGAACAUUCCAUUCUCUGCCGACAGAUAGAUGUGAUUUAGGUGGCGUGUCCAUCAUGGUAAGUUGAAAAGGGAGAGAGUAAAAUGUUGGAGGGUCUACAUAAUUAAUAGCUGUUUUGGCAGUAGUUUUUCACCUGAAUUAAAAAGAAAACCUGUCCUAACUAUAUGGACAGAAUAUGACACCACAGGUAAAAAGAGAAAGCAUAGAUAUAACCAGAUAAAUGUUAGAGUUGGUCUGUUCUUUGAUUUAGGGCUCUGUGCACACUUCUGAGAGUGACUCUAAUAGUUUGUUGGUAGUGAGCACUGCUGCCUUUUUUAAUGAUCAGUGACAGCCUUUAAAUGAUAAUAUAUUAGAAGUUUAAAGUUACAUUUAAAUUUCUCAUAUAUGAAUUUUUCAUCUGGAAACUAACCCCGUCAGUGUUUUUAUGUACAGAAAAGUUCCUUUUUAAAAGACGUAUUUAUUAGGAUCUUAAAUUUAAAAUAAAUUAUCCUUCACAGCUUCUUAAAGUGGACAUGCUAAGAUAUGGUUCCCUGUUCACCUAACAGAUAAGACUUAUGCCUGAGAAUUUUUUUUUGGGUCGCACGGUGGAAUCUUAGUUCCCCUACCAGGGAUUAAACCCUGGCCCAUGGCAGUGAAAAUGCAAGUCCCAACCACUGGACCACCAGGGAACUCCCUGCUUGAGAAUGUUUUUAAUCUGUUCAUCUAUCCAAAUAGGGUUCUAGGAAUAAUCUCAUCUUUCAUACACCAAGUAGGUCUAGAUUCCAUUCAUAUCAGUGUAAUAGUGUGGACGAAAAUGCCAGAUUUCUUGUAUCUAAACUACUCUCUCCCUCCAGCAGCUGACCCCACCCCCACCCCAGUCCACACCCUCAAGAAAUCUGUGCUGUUCACUCUCACAACUGGAAAUAGGUAUUGGUGAAUCAAGGGGCUUUUGUAAAUGCUAAGAAAUGAUUGUAAAAACCCUUCCUCUCUAAUUUAGGAUGGUUUUACCAUGUGCAUUUUAGAUGUUAUAUUGCACAUCUGAUUGUGUAUAAAGGUUGAGGAAUAUUUUGGAAGAGACUGCAUUCACAAAAAGAAUACUUGGUAGUAUUUGUUAAACCAAUGCAUACAUUCAAAACAGACGCAGAGUAAAUAGCAUAAAAAAUAAUUUCACUUGUGUGGCCUGCUAGCACAAGCGGGGGGGUGGGGAGCAUUGACCAAGCUGAUUAAGAGUAAAGGGAAAAUUUAUAUAUAAAAGCUGACUUUAAGUGUGUAAAGGUAUUUUAAGCCAUUAACACAGUUGCUUGAAAGUUUCAAGUACUAAUAUAUACACACAGAGGUGGUUUUGUGUGAUUAUGUAUUUGUGUCUUUCACAAAGGCUAAUACUAACAAACAGGGGUAAAGGAGUAUGUUAACUGUAGAGUUGUUUAUAAUCUGUUGGCAGGUCUGACCAGGUCUAAUCAGGUAUUUGAACAAAAGCCUCCUUCUCCACUGGAAGUACUACAACCUGAGAGCUGAAAGAAACUUGAAAGAUUUUAUCCAUUCUCACCUUCUAUUAUUAUAGGCAACCUGUGUGAAUAUCACAAAUUCUUGUGAAGUUCAGUCUAUUUCGGUUCAAGAAUUAUACUCAGGCAGUGUUUUUACUUAGUAAGUUGAUGACCUUAGAAGAUGUCAUUUAAUUUAGAAAACAAGUAGGCUUUAAAAAGAAAUCCUAAUUAGGGCCUUGACUCUGCUUGUCAUGCUUCCCUGAUAAACAAUAGCUUUUGUCAAGUAUUUAGGCUGAUAUACAUGCGGUGUGAAAACAUUCUGAAAUGCAAAUUAGAGGACUAAUUUUUAAAAGCACUUAAAACAUAGAACUAAGAUUUCGAAUGUAUGUCCACUUAUAAUUAAAUAAUUUAUGUUCAUAAUGUGAACAUGUAGUAGAAUUAAAGCAUUACUUGUUUUAUAAUCUUAUUGGGAAGGGAGAAGGAAACAAGAAUUUUUAACAAUGUUCUAUUUAAUAACUGUGUUUUGAAUAUUUAAAGGUAUUCUGAUGGUAAAAUUGCCAAAGUAGUUUUGAAUUCAUAAAAAUUAUUUAUGCCACGAUAAUGUGGGAUAUGUUUACAGCUCUUUUAUUUUGUAGUAGUUAUUUUGUUAGUUCGGGUAAAUUUGCGUUUAAGUCACUUACAUUAAGGUAAAUAUUUGUUGGAACAAACAUCUAUUAAUAAUAAGACAAGAGAAAGAGAAAUUAUGCCCAGCUUGUUAUGGAAGCUGCCACAUCAACAAAGUAACUACUUUAUGUUAACACAGCCUACUUCCCUCCCUUGCUUCAGCUAGCCAACCACAAUUUCUGCAACCUUGUUUUUUCUGUUUCCUCUAAGUAAAAUACCUAUGUUUUUAAAACCCACUGGAUUAAUUUUAUCAAAUAUCAGAAUUACUGAUCUGUUGGCAGAGAUUUAUUGGUGUCUCUCAGCGUGAUCACAACACAGCUUGUAGCAACUAUUUUAUAAAGUUUUUAGAGAAUUGUGUAGCUCCAAAGAAAUUUGUAUAAUAACAAAACUUACUUGAGGGCUAACUGAUAAUAGGUAAUUUCAACAAUUUUAUAGAGAUUCCAUGCAGUUAAUCCCUAGAUGUACUUUUUGGGUUUAAUUUACUUUACAAUAUCUGCAACUGUUUCCAACACAAUGUUUUAUUAUACACAGACUUCAUUUAUUCUCGGUAGCAAUUCCUACAAUAAGCCUUUCAGUGUUAUCAAAAACAAGCCCUAUUUCAGCAAGAAAUUAGAUAUUUUAUUUUUAUAAUCUGGGUGAAAUUGUUGUGGGUAGACACCAAAUAGUUACUUCUGUUUCCAUAUCUAAAUUUGCUGCUAUUUAUUUGUAUGUUUUUCUGCUGCAGUUUACUGUUGAUUUCUAAAGCUUCGUAGCCAUUGUUAUCUUUAUUGUAGUAAUCCAAGGUAAAUGGCCAGCCAGAGGUAGACUCUACUGGGGUACUAUCCAUCAACGUUGACUAGGUAGGGUUCAUUGCAUAAAUAAGUAAACCAAUUUUUUUUUUUAAUUACAAAGUGAAAGGUAUUAGCAAUAUUGCAAGUUAAAGACUACAAUUUUAGGAGGAGGUUCUAAUGUUUAACCUCCUGAAACCUUUUAAAAUUUCCAAUACAAGAGUGAAAAUGUCUGAAAGCCUUGUUAUGCUCAUAGAAGUUUCAGUUAAACUGUAGAAUUUUCCUACCUGUUGUGUAAAUGAUACAGAAAAUAUUUUUCUAUGGACAAAAGAUUGAAACUGUUAACUUCUUUUGCUUCAUUGUUUAAACAGGAAAAAAAAUGAUAUUUGUAUGUCUUUCAUGCUGUAAAGAAAUGAAUGUAUCUUUCAGAUGUUAUUAGAAUUAAGACUUGAUUCUAAGGAUACUCUGUUUUAAAAAAAAAAGCAAGGGACUGAAAAGGAAAGGAAGAGUGUUUUCCACUUCAUUAGACAAAAUGUAGUUUUAGAAGAAAAAUGUAAUUUUCUUUAUAAACAAGAGCAAUCAUUGACACAUAUUUCAAUAUUUCAGAUACCUUCUUUUUCACUUUGUGUUAGCUCUAGAAUAGAAAUUUUCAAAACAGUGUUUGCAUACUGUUUUUAAGUGUAAAAUAAUUGAAUUCUAGACUUCUGGGGUGUGGAGGGGUAUGUAUGUGAGGGUAAGCAUUCUGCUGCAUGUGUUUACCGUGAAGGAAAGUUCUCAGGCUUUGUCACUGUGCCAGCCACAAAUGAGGACACCACUCUGAGCGUGUGACUUCGGUGAAGCCAGAAAACCAUGCCUACAAGUCACCACAAUAAAUAUGUGUAGAGGCCCUGACGAGUGAAUAGUUUGCUUUCUGUUCUCAGUAUCUUGGACGGGUAAGACCACUGAGCCCAACUCUGACCUGUAGCAGUGGUGUCUUAUGUGGUUAAGGGCUUAUUAAUUGAGCUGAACAGAAGACAGAAAAGGCCCUCCAUUUUAAACCAACAUGCAUGAUUAAUUUGUUCAACAAUUUCUUUGAAAAGUAGUAUUUAUUAUCACUCACUAAGCUUGACUCAGUGGGGUCUUCAUUAUUUUGACUCUUACUUCCACCCCUGCAACUUAAAAAAAAUUAUUCAUUUCCCUUUACAGUAGAGUCUUUGUGAAGUGAGGUAAUAUUUUCCUUCAUUAACUUUUGUUACAGUUGUUAAAGGGUUAAUACCAGGCCCCCUCGACCCUGAGAGUUUACAAAAAUUAGCAAAUAUUACUUCUGAUAAUCUUAACUAAAAUGUCACAUUGCUACAUGAAAUUAUCACCAUGAAGCCAUCAAGGAGACAGCCCUACUUAGAAUGUUAGACCAAAAUAGGUGCUGAUUUGUGGUUUCCCUAAAUCCACUGUAGUCACACUUGAACCCAUUUUACCUUUUAUUAAAAGAAACUUUUUCAUUUCUACUCCUGAAUUGUAGUGUUCCAGUUUUUUGCCUCCCUGAGCAAGAAAUUUUCAACCCAGUCCUGGGAGUCUCUGGCACUCUUUUCCCACCCUUCAGUUAAUUGACAAGAUUAUUCAUGCUUUCUUGUAGGUCAGGUUUCAAUGCUGAAAUUGAUUUCUUGAAUUUGAAAUAGCACUUUAUUUCAUGCUUACUACUGACUUAAUUUAUACAUUUAAAGAUAAAAUUUAUCCUAGGAGUUUUGUAAAUAUGGAAAAGUAUAAUGGAUUAGCAUGUAGAGCUCAUUGGAUUGGACCCAAGUUUAAAUGCUUUAUGAUGAUCUCUUGAUCAUUUGGUAUUUAAAAGGUAACUUGUAUGAUUUUAGCUUUGCAACUUUUCUGUAAUUUAUUUAGUACAAUAAAGGCUACCCAGUUGACAGUCUUGCUGUACUCUGAGUUCUCUCAGCUAGCUUCAGCCAAGUUUGGUUCACUAUAAUCAUUCUGCUUUGCAUUUUUGUACAUUACAUGAACACCUGGAAAUCAAAUUGUUUUCUUUUGAGUUGUACCACCAGUAAGUUGAAGGGGGCAAAGUCCUGACACUUUGUAUACAUGUUGAGAGGCAGGACUUGAGACUAAAAGUUUACAUUUAGCUGUUUUCGCUUUCUGUCAUUAGAAUGUUUGUGCUUAGGCAAAUAGAAACUUCCAGCCCAGUGUUCCUGCAGCAUCCCUGGAUGUUACAGUGACAAUCCGUGUUGUAAUCUUUUCAAAUAAGAAAAGCUACUCUUUAUUUUCUACAGUGUAGGCUUAAUUUUAGGACAGUUUAGUAUCUACUCAUCAAUGAUAUUUUUAAGUAGUAGUUUUAAAAAUGAUAUUUCUAUGUAGAGGCUGUUUGGGGAUUUUUUUUUUUUCUUGUAACAGGUGCUAUAUGUAAAUAUGAAGGGCAAAAAGUAAUUUAGUUAAAAGUCUAGUUUAUUUCCUAAUUAAAUUAUGAUUUUUGCAUAUUUGCUGCCAUUUCACGUUUGUACUAAACUAGUAACUAAGCCAAGUGGAAUUAGCCCCUUAAUUUUUAAAAUUCUCUUCCCCCAUUUCACAAAAAUAUCUCUCCCCAUAUGGUUUCCAUAAUUAGGAGACAAAGAAGCUUAAAAUGUGUAAGCUUGAAUUUGGUCAGCACUGGAUAACUUGAAAUCAUCACCGUGCAUUUGUCACUGCAGCUUACUGUGUGCUUGAAAGGCCUUGUGGAUUUGUUUUCAUUUCAGUGAAAAAUUAGAAUUCCUGCAAUGAAUCUCGUGUAAAAAAAAAAAACUGAAUACUAACAGCAAACAGGAUAAAAAUGUUGAUUUGUGUUAAAACUGUUUUAGCCCUAAGAGCAGUUUGUGUUAUGUGAAACGCUACUGUUAUACAUAUUUUGUUGGCCAUAAUUCACUUUGAUUGAGAAGUAGUUGUUCAGGUUCAAACGUGAGAAAACUCUAGCUGUGACUUUAAAUUGUUCAAAUGCAAAAUAAAGAUGUGCUUUAGUAACUUAAGUAUAGGAGUUUUGAAGAUUAUUUUAUGGGAGCUUUCGUUGUUGGGCUUUUCUAACAAUGGUUAGUUUUUUUCAUUAGUGGGUGAU